CUGGUUUAAUUGCUAGGUGUUCAAAACUUACGAGGAUGCAAGCGCUAGCCAGCCGUUGCACACGGGCUCAGCCCUUUACCAACUCGCGGCCUGUGGCCGCUCGCUUGCAAUGCGGUGUCACUACUCGCCCAGUUGCUCGCCGUCCCCAAUUCCAAAUUGUUAGCGCUGCCGCGUCUGUUGCUGAUGCUGUGGAUGUGGAGCAGUAUGAGGACGAGCUUGACGUUCCCAUGUCCGCGGGAGGCAUCCUCUCUCCAGCCAGCGAUAAGGUCCGCCUCCGCAUUCGCAUGCGAGGUUACGAGGUUAAGCUGCUGGAGGACUGCAUUGCACAGAUCCAGACAGUUGCUGAGGCGACCGGCGCUGUGUUUAAGGGACCAGUUAUGCUCCCCACCAAGCGGAAGGUUUAUUGCGUGCUGCGCUCCCCACACGUCAACAAGGACGCGCGUGAGCACUUUGAGAUCCGGACCCACCACCGCCUGGUGGACCUGAAGAAUCUGUCUGCGGAGACAGUGUCCAUGAUGAUGGAGUGGGUGCCCCCGUCUGGCGUGGAGGUGGAGUGCAGCAUCGCUUAAUGUGGGCCUGAAUUCAGCACGGAGCAGAGAUGCUCCCUACACAGCAUGGUUUCAGAGCUGUGCCGCAUGGUUGCUGGAUUCCCCGCGCAUGAUGAUGAAGGGAUAAGAGCGGGGCCUGGGAGGAGCCGGGCCUAUUUUGCGUUGGAGAGUGGUUAAGAGUCGUCACUUUGUUGCACGUGAUUUUGGGUUAGACACUCUUAAGGACGCCUGACGGGGUUAAGGGCGGCGGGGUUAAGGGCGACCCUUGCUUGGGCGUGUAUUAGAACCACGAGGUGUCAUCCUGUUUGGGGUUUCCGAAGUUUUUCGUUAAUAACGCCACUUCGUUGACUACCCAUCCUCUGGACGUGCUUGGCGAGUCCUGACUGGUCUCGCAAGUGAAGGAGUGCAGAACAUUUACAGUUGUUGCCCAGUUCGCCACUGGUGCAAUGUAUACGAUUAGGUAGCUUGGUGCAUGCAGGGGCCCUUUGUGACACCAACCGCAUGGAUGGCAUAGUCCGUUGGGGCGUAAGGCCAGUACGGGCUAUGAUACACUGACACGCCUGCUUCACACGUCACCUACACGAGUAUGUACGAUAUAGCUUAACGGCAUUAAUAUGCACAUGUGAAGAUUGUAAGGUUAUGUGCGCAAUCGCAGCGUCACGCAUUUAAUGGUUCAGCGUGUCACA